AUGCAGGGAAGUGCCUUCAAACUACUGGAGAUAGAUGAGAAGUUCCAGCUGCUGCACCCUGGACAAACCGUGGUGGACUGUGGAGCUGCGCCGGGAGCCUGGAGCCAAGUCGCGGUGCAGAGAGUCAACUCCACCGGGACAGAUGUUUCUGCUCCCCGUGGUACAGUGGUGGGUUUUGACUUGUUGAACAUAGCAGCUUUGGAUGGCGCACACUUCCUGCCCCAUCAUGACAUCACAGACCCCGCCACGCACGCCAAACUGCAGCAGCUCUUACCCGAGGGCCACGCUGACGUCAUUUUGAGUGACAUGGCCCCCAACGCCAGCGGCUUCAAGGAGCUGGACUGUGAGAAGCUCUUUUCUAUAUGUCUGUCACUGAUAGACUUGGCAGAGAAGGUUUUACUGCCCGGAGGUUCACUGCUGUGUAAAUACUGGGACGGCAUCCUCAGAGAAGAGUGCAUGAGUGAAGUGGUCUGGCCGGCUGUCGGUCAGGGACAGAGGGUGGACGGGGGUGGAGAGGUGAGGGGUGUGUGGAUCUGA